AUGAGUGCACACGAUAGCAUCGUCAUCUUGGGAGCUGGCAUUAUUGGCCUCGAUGUAGCUCUUGUUCUGGCAGAGAGAGGCUAUGGCAAGUCCAUUACAGUGAUUGCUGAGCAUCUUCCCGGAGAUACAGCUCUGACCUAUACUUCUCCAUGGGCUGGUUGCAACUUCUCAGCUAUCUCUGGUACAGAUGCCAAUGCCUUGAAAUGGGACAAGGCAGGAUAUUUCCAUCUCAGCAAGCUGGCAUCUGAGCGACCAGAACAGUCUUAUGUUAAGCGAACACCUUCCACUGAGUUAUGGGACGACAAUGUUCCUAGUGAUAAGAUCCAGGCUAUGUCUGAGUAUCUGGAAGACUUCCAAGAACUACCUGUCAAUGAACUACCUGAAGGUGUCAAAUUUGCUGUAUCGUUUACUACCCUCACUGUCAAUGCGCCUAAGCAUCUGCUAUAUCUCUAUGAGAGACUGAAGAAUGACUACGGUGUUCGCUUUGUUCGUCAGAAGCUUCCAGAUCUCCAGACCGCGUUCUUCGGCCAGUCGACCCAGAUCGUGUUCAACUGCACUGGCAACGCUGCGCGAAAGUUACCAGGGGUUGAGGAUCCAAAGUGCUAUCCCACCAGAGGGCAGGUCCUCUUGACUCACGCGCCUGAGGUUCAUACAAAUAUCAUGAGACAUGGUAAAGAUUACGAGACAUACGUGAUCCCUCGCCCCUUUUCUAAGGGACAUGUUAUUCUUGGGGGGUAUAUGCAAAAGGGCAACGGUGAUGGUGCUACUUACUCGUACGAGACAGAGUCCAUCUUGGAGCGUACCAAGGAACUCAGUGAUGAAGUCAGGAAUGGAAGUCUAGAUGUUCUCGCAGCUUUCUCAGGCCUUCGUCCGUCACGCGAAGGCGGUGCUCGAGUGGAGAGAGAGGAUUUGACUGUUGCAGGACAAAAGCGCACAGUGGUUCACAACUAUGGUGCUGGUGGCACUGGGUUCCAGGCUGGUUAUGGAAUGGCCCUAGAUGCUGUUCGUGCUGCUGAGCCUGUUUUGUCGAAGAUCCAGUUCGAGCUCAAGUCGAAGCUAUGA